AGAUCUUGUGUUUACAAACAUUAAGUAUUGUACUCUUAAAGCUCUGAUAAAAAGCAAGCAUACCUUGUUGUUUAUCUUUGGCCCCAACAAUGAAAUCAGUUAAUGCAAUUGCUAAGGUAUUAGUAACAACAACCAAGCUGAUUGUGUUUUUAACAUAUUUAUUAACGAUAACAGCCCAAGUAAGUUACAGUUAUUUGUAAAUGUAUAAACUUAAUCCUUGAAAUUAAAAAGGACCUAAUUUCGUCACUCCUACAAGUAAAUAGUUUUUUAAUUAUGUCAUUAUUAAAAUAACAAUAGAACUAAAAGAUGUAAAAUAAAAUAUUUAAAAAAUUCAACCGAAUUCAAUGAAUCGGACUUAAGAACGUGAAUCUGGCCGUAAUUUAAAUAUUCGGUUAACGGUUCCUUAAUUUAUUUAUGUUAAUUGUGCAAAUGACUUGGAUAAGCAGCUGGUACGUGAGAGUUUAAUAUAUUUCUUUUUAUUUGACAGGGUUUAAUAAAACUACCAUCCCCAUGACAGGUUAGCCUGCUACCAUAUUAAGACUGCUUUAUCACUUAACGCCUAGUGAGUAUGCAGUCAAGAGCUUACCUGUAGUGGUAAAAACAAACCUUUUAUGGUAGUUAAAAUACCUAUCAACUUUCUGGCAUGCGAGUCCUGUACAUACAAUAUGAUGGAUCUUGAACAGAAAUAACUAACUCACUCUUUGAUUAUAAAUUAUAAUUAGGGAGUAAUGAGAAUCGAUAAAGCCGUGGGAAACACAUUUUGGUAAUAUCUACGAAAAGUAAAGCAUUUUUCUUCGGUUAUUUGUAUAGGCACCGCAUAGGUUUAUCUACGCUUAUCCGCCGAACAAAUUACAGUGUAUAAUAAUUAAUAUUGUACAAAGAUGAAAAUGUAAUUUCAGAAUAAGGAGGACAUAUACCUGAGUCCCUGGUCUUCGAUCAAAUCAGCCGAACCUAAAAUUAUUAAAUUUGAUCCUGCCGGUCACUUAAAAUUAGAAAAUAUAUCUAAGAACAAAAUUGUAAGAUUUAAACAAAUUGCUGAAUAUGUUAAGGGCAAUAAAAAAUAUAUUUUGCCCCAUGAUGAUGAUUAUAAAGAAUGGAAUUCAACGUAUGUUGUGAGUGCUAUAAAAAACUUUAUAGCCAACUACGUGCAGCCACGAAAGAAAUUAAAAGCAUUGACAAAUUGCGUAAAUGAUCUACAAUUAUGCAGAUUUUUAUUUUGCCCAAACAUAAAAGAGAAUUGCAUUUUGUGCGAAGUUCAUACAAAAAAUAAUUAUGAGAAUUCGACUUACUGUGAAUCUUUUAACACAAGUUUUUUGGUUGAUCACGGUAUCUUUGAUUAGGGCUAGCCAAGCGAUUUAAAUAUAAAUAAUAUAAUAUACAUAAAAAGUAGUACACAUGAUGCAUAUUUUAAAAUGAAAAAAAAAAACAAGUGCACCAAAUUAAUGAAACUAAGCUAUGGGAUGAUUAAUAGUGCUUUGGUAUGUUUCUUCAUAACUCAUUAAGUAAACAUUCCCGAAACUGCCUUAUCUCUUAUGAGAUAGGGACAUAGCUGAGGUAACUAUAAAAGGCGGAGGUGGGACUGUUCAAACAUUUAUUAUUAGGAAGUUGCACACAACACCGUGACAUUAUGUUCAGUUCUAAGAGUCUCGUAUCAAUUAUUGUUUUGUGUAUAGUGCAUGAAUCUAUAAGCAAACCGUAUUCACAUAACGAAUCUGAGGGACGCGGUGUCGGCUCCACAUUAUGGGGUUGGAUAACGUAUCCUUUUUCAUGGUGGAGUUCUGAUAACAGUGAUAUACCAUAUGAAAGCAACACAGGUAUGGGAUUGAGUCGGUUUAACGCAUAUGACUCUGUAGAAAUAGGCAGGUAUAACGUUACCUUAUGGUGUAACGAUCAGACAUGUACAACGAUUAAGUGUGAUAGAUUCGGUUGCAUGAAUAUCACAUGCAACAUGUAUGAUACUGAUAUAACUGGAGAAUGUAGAAGCUUCAAUACGAAGGUUAAACCAGAAGAACCAACGACGCCUAAAUCUUCUAAAGCGGCUUCGCAACCACCACCGCAAUCAUAUGAAACUGAAACCACGUUAAAUCAACCCGUAACACCAAAUACUGUUAUAAUAUUAUCAUCGACCGAAAACGAUAACAUACAAGGAACUGAAGAUCGACCUCUGGAACUAGAAGCGGUUUUAUCAUCUACAGUAACUGAAAAUGUAGAAAAAGAAACUGGGACUGCAUGAUGUUUAAGCGAAGUAUUAAGCAGAUGCGAGACCAAGAAGUGACGCCUCAUACAACUUUAUAACAUUUGAUUUAGAUAAAAUUGUCUUGAAUUAUAUUCAAAACUUUUUUGUUCACUAUGUGACAAAGUUAACGAAUAGUUUAGUUUUAAAAUUGAACAUUGAUUCCCUUUGUUCUGAUGGAAUAUGUUACUACACGCGAUGUCAAAACUAUAACUGUGAAGUAGAGUUUUGUAAGUAUAACUUAUUCACUGGGGAGAUGAAAUGUACGUCAAAUCAACCUCAUGAUCGGUCCAAGCUAAACCUCCAAACAAAUGAGCAUAGAUUUACUAAUAACUUGGAAGAUAAUGAAAUAAGCUUUAGAAAUAAAUAAUAAAUUUAAUCAAA